AACUACUCGCAAACGGGAUUCUAACGAAUUGUGAACGGAAAAGGAAACGCCCACGUGGACGUGAGCCGCACGAACAAGGAUAACAAAACUAUGGAAAUAAGACAACAUUACAAAGGCCAAUACAAACAAACGGAUACUAAAAACAUCAAAGGACCUUCCCAAAUUGGUACUGUGUUUUGAGGGCCAAAAUGAUAUCCCUAAACCAACCUAUGUUCGCACAUUUGCGUGGAAGAUCCAAUAUUAGUUUGGCCGAAAGUGUACCUGCCGACAUUGCGCACAUGGUGGACCCAUAUUGGUAUCAAUGGCCGCCCAUGGAACCCAUGUGGUUCGGCAUCAUUGGCUUCAUCAUCACCAUUUUGGGCAUUAUGUCUUUAGCCGGUAACUUUGUGGUCAUCUACAUUUUCACCUCUGCCAAACCGUUGAGAACACCCUCCAACAUGUUUGUGGUCAACUUGGCCUUUUCCGACUUUAUGAUGAUGUUCACCAUGUUUCCACCGGUUGUACUUAAUGGCUUCUAUGGCACUUGGAUUAUGGGACCCUUUUGGUGCGAAUUAUACGGUCUUUGCGGUUCACUCUUCGGUUGUGUCUCGAUUUGGUCCAUGACACUGAUUGCCUACGAUCGUUACUGUGUCAUUGUUAAGGGUAUCGCACGGAAACCUUUGACCAUAAUUGCAGCAGUUUUCCGACUCAUGUUCAUUUGGGGUGUUUGCAUGCUGUGGGCUAUUUUCCCCAUGAUUGGAUGGAAUCGUUAUGUACCUGAGGGAAAUAUGACUGCAUGCGGCACGGAUUACUUUGCCAAAGAUUGGUACAAUCGUUCGUACAUUGUUGUGUAUUCGGUGUGGGUGUAUCUGACACCUCUGACGACAAUCAUCUUCUCAUAUUGGCACAUAUUGAAGGCCGUUCGAAUUCACGAAAAAGCAAUGCGUGAACAGGCGAAGAAGAUGAAUGUGGCUUCCCUGAGGCAUAGCGAUGCCGACAACAACAAAUCAGUGGAAAUCAAAUUAGCUAAAGUGGCUUUGGUCACCAUAUCCUUAUGGUUUUUGGCCUGGACGCCAUACACGAUUAUCAAUUACGCAGGCAUCUUUGAGUCAAUGCAUUUGUCUCCUCUGAGUACCAUUUGCGGGUCAGUGUUCGCCAAAGCCAAUGCGGUGUGCAAUCCAAUUGUCUACGGCUUGAGUCAUCCCAAAUAUAAACAAGUUUUGAAGGAGAAACUCCCAUGCUUGGCUUGUGCCAAAGAUGAUGUCGCGGCAGAAGUGCGAACUCAAGCCACAGCGGAGAUCAGCGAAUCAGCAGCAUAAUUUUUCCGCAACCGAACAAGUUGUAAUAGCUACUAAGGGCAAAGUUGGUUAUAAGUACACAAAGAUAAAGAAAAGUUCAUAUUUUCUGAAGGACUAUGAUUUUAUAUACUGUCGAUUUAUAUUUAAUCUAAGCAUAUAAUUUUUAUUCAAACAAAUUCUGUGGUAUAUCUUCAUGAUGAGAAACGGCGAAAGACUCUGGCGAUGACGACGAUAAGCUUUUGUAAACGGUUUCAUUCCUAUGGCAACAAAAACAAUUCAACGAAAAAAAUUUUAUAAAAAUAUAUAUAAAAAAAUUAAACUUGCAAUUAAAAAAAAAGUACAAAAAUAAACCAA